UAAACGCCGCCGUUGACUAGACUAGAACAUGUUAUAUAUCACUUGGCAAGAUAUUUCAUUACUCCUUAGCUAGUACCAACCAACCUACCUUUGAGAUUUUGUGAGCCAUCUGUGUUCUCUGAGAAAAUUCAAGUUUUAGCAUCCUCUAUAGUCUAUAUACUUACUGUGUGAGAUUUUGUUCAAAUGUCUGAAAAAAUUCAGAACAACUCAUCAUUGGGUCUGGGUGUGCCAUUACUAUCUGAGUGGAAGCUCCAUGAGUCAGGGUAUGCCAUAGAUGAGGAGAAACUUAUAGCCUCUCAUUCUCCAACUAAAAACACUUUAUCCUUCUUCCAAUCCUGUCUUAAUGGACUCAAUGCAAUAUCAGGUGUUGGGAUACUGUCGGUUCCAUAUGCUCUAGCAUCUGGAGGGUGGUUAAGUUUGGCUCUUCUGUUUGCUAUUGCUGCUGUAGCCUUUUACUCAGGGUUGUUGAUGCAAAGAUGUAUGGAUAAGAAUUCAAAUAUCAAAACAUAUCCAGAUAUAGGUGAGCUUGCAUUUGGAAAGAUAGGAAGACUAGUAGUAUCAACAUCCAUGUACACAGAGCUCUACUUAGUUUCAAUAGGGUUCUUAAUUUUAGAAGGGGAUAACUUGAGCAAUUUAUUUCCCAUUAUGGAGAUUCAAGUGGCUGGUUUAGCAAUUGGUGGAAAGCAAUUCUUUGUGGUGGUAGCUGCUUUGGUUAUCUUACCUACAAUGUGGUUAGAUAACUUGAGUCUACUUUCUUAUGUAUCUGCAAGUGGAGUGUUUGCUUCUGCUAUCAUCAUCUUUUCAAUAUCAUGGACUGCAACAUUUGAUGGAGUUGGUUUUCAUGAAAAGGGAACUCUCAUUAGUUGGAAUGGAAUCCCUACAGCUGUUAGCUUGUAUGCCUUUUGCUAUUGUGCACAUCCUGUCUUCCCCACCCUGUACAAUUCCAUGAGAAAGAAACACCAAUUCUCUAAUGUUCUACUUGUAUGCUUUUUGUUCACCACAGCUGGUUAUGCAUCUAUGGGUAUAAUUGGCUAUCUAAUGUUUGGUUCCAAGGUUGAAUCACAGGUAACAUUAAACUUGCCACUGAACAAAAUCAGCUCAAAAAUAGCAAUAUAUACUACCUUAGUCAAUCCCAUAACCAAGUAUGCUUUGAUGACAACACCAAUCACCAAUGCUUUGAAGGAUUUGCUUCCAAGGAAAUACAAGAAUAGAGUCACCAACAUCUCAAUAAGCACUAUGCUAGUAAUCAGCACUGUCAUUAUUGCCCUUGCUGUUCCUUUCUUUGGGUACCUCAUGUCCCUAGUUGGAGCAAUUUUAAGUGUCACAGCUUCUAUUUUGCUUCCAUGCUUAUGCUACUUAAAGAUUUCAGGUAAAUACAAAAAUUUUGGGUGUGAGAUGUUCACCAUAGUUGCUAUCAUAUUGGCAGCUAUAGCAAUGGGAAUAUCUGGGACAUAUACGUCACUGCUUGAAAUAAUCCACCAUUUGUAAAGGCACUGUAGUGGCCUAUUAUAUUUUAUACACAAUUAAAUUUGUAUUCCAUAUUUUUUUGGCCUC